UGGAACUUUAGAUAAAUAAGAAAGUAUAAAACUCUUUACAUUUUUAACAGGUUGGAGACAAAUUGCAAAGUUCUUCAUUUAGUUUCAGACAUUUCAACAAAAUCCAAAUUCUGGUAUCACAGUGGCGGUGGGUGUAAGAAUGGGGAACAGACGCUUCACUCAGGUAGCAAUCAGCGACGAGGAGGACGAAACGCCUCCGCCGAAGCAGCAGUCCACCGACAGUGCCUCCGAGAACCGGUUGAAGCAGCAGCGCAAGAGGAAGAGGAUGAAGCUCCAGGAAGAAGAGGAGGAAGAGGAUGAAGUGGAGAAGGAGAGCGAAAAGGAGGAAGAUAAGAACAAGAAGAGAAAGAUCAGAGACAAGCAGGACGGAAGAUCUAACGAAGAAGAGGAACCGCCGCAGGAAGACGCUAAACCCAUCGGUGAACCAAUUAGGGUUUCUGGAAAGGGGAGAGGCCGGAAAAAACAUUUUGAUUCUUUUGAGUACGACGGAAACCAAUACACGCUGGAAGAUCCUAUACUUCUCACACCUGAAGACAAAGACCAAAAGCCUUAUGUGGCAAUUAUUAAGGGGUUGCUUUUUAAGGACAUUACGCAAUCCAUAAAUGGCAGCAUGAUGGUCACAGGCCAGUGGUUCUAUCGACCUGAGGAAGCUGAAAGGAAAGGUGGUGGCAGCUGGCAAUCACGUGAUACAAGGGAGCUGUUUUAUAGUUUCCACCGUGAUGAUGUACCUGCAGAAUCUGUUAUGCAUAAGUGUGUGGUGCAUUUUGUUCCCAUACACAAACAGCUUCCAAUUCGUAAGCUGCAUCCUGGGUUUAUUGUGCAAAAAGUGUAUGACACAGUAGAAAGGAAACUCUGGAAGCUAACUGAUAAGGACUAUGAGGACAAUAAACAGCAAGAAAUUGAUGAACUUGUUCAGAAAACUCUUCAACGUUUGGGUGAACUACAUGAUAUCGAGCCUGAAGAACCUGUUGCUGAACAGGAAGAUCUGAUGAAAAAUAAAAGAAUCUUGAGGAAAAAGAGCAUUUCACCUCUCGAUGUUUCAAAAGAGGAGGAAACAUCUCGUAAGAGUGACCAAUCUCUGAAACCUGAAACACCGGGGAGUUGUGCAAAUAAUGCUUCAGAACAUUAUCGUAUACUAGUGGAUUUUAAUGCUCUAACUGGAGAUACCCAUCGUGACAAAUGUUUGGAGAAGUUGCUUCAAAGUGUUCAAUUCAUAUUUAACUCUGAUGACAGCACAAAGAAGGAAGACAAAGUAAAUGACAAUUCUGAUGCAGUCAACAACGGGAACAAUGACAAAAGUUCAGAAGUAGCAAAUGAAUGUAAAGACAAGGCUCAACAGAGUUCCAAGUCUUUUAUCUGGCCAGAUGUUGCUGUUCCAGCUGUAGUUGCUCUAGAAAAAGCAUCGCAUGAUACCUUUUCAUCAGAUUAUCAGAAAUAUAAUCAAAAGCUACGGCAAUUAGUAUUUAAUCUCAAGAACAAUGCAAUCCUAGCACGCCGUCUAUUAAAUGGAGAGUUGGAACCUUCUAAAAUAUUGAAUAUGACUCCCAAUGAAUUGAAGGAGGGUUUGACUGCUGAGGAAACAAACAAGAAAGAGCCUGAUGAGUCACAACAAAUGCAGAUGACGGGUGCUCGAUGCCGUAGAUGCAGUGAGUGUAAGGUGGGCUUGAGGGAUAUAAUCCACGCAGGCCAUGGUGAUCGAUAUCAGCUGGAAUGUAUUGCCUGUGGUCAUUCCUGGUUUGCCUCCCGUGAUGAAGUGUCUGACCUGACUUUAGAUGCAUCAGAUUCAAAAAGAAGUGUAGGUACAGCGCCAUGGGCCACUGCAAAAUUUGAAGAUGUUGAGAAGAAGCUGGUUAGUCCCCGUGAAUCUGAAAAGAAUGACAUAUUUAAGAAAACAAGUGAAGCAUAUAUGCCAGUUUUGGAUUCCCAGAAAUCGUUUGGCAAGUCUAGGAAAGAUGAAAACGUCCAAGCUUCAAAACAGGUUGACUAGUGACUAGGAAUGGUUAUUCUAUGCUAUAGCUAGUUUUAGAAUUUUUAUGGUACUGAUGGUAGCAAAAGAUUGUAUAUACUUCGCCUUAAAUAGAGCCAUUGGUUAUCUAAUAAAUAGAGCCAUUGUUUAUCUGUACAGCUUAAGUACAUGUAAAUGCUUAUGUAGAGUGCUACUAUAGCCAUUUAUCAUAGUUAUUGUCCUC